AUGUCUAUGUCUGAGCCUCGACGUCAAGCUUGCAUGAAAAUCACACGCAAGCUGAUGAAAUAUCCCUGCGCUCGUUUGUUUUUACAUCCUGUUGAUACUACAGGAUUAACAGAUUACAAUGAUGUAAUCAAAUCUCCACAAGACCUUACUUCGAUUUAUAAUAGAUUACUUAAUAAAGAAUACCCAACCAUCGAAUCAUGGGAACAUGAUAUGGUUUUGCUAUGGUAUAACUGUGAAAAAUACAAUGGUCACGAUUCUGUGCCAUUUCUUGUUGCUCAAUGCUUAAAUGAGCGAUACAAAACGCUACGUGAGAAAUAUUUGGUAUAUGAUUUCAUGCUUUGGAAAACUCAAGUUCAAAAAUUGGAGAAACAAUUAGAUUUAUUACUUUCUGAUCCCCCGGCUGUAACCAAAAAUUAUUUCCCUACAUUAAACAUAGGUCGCCAAAAGAACACUACAUUCAGAGAGGCCGAAUAUCAAAGUUUAUUUAGAUCAAUUUCAAAAUUAACUUCACCUGCGGACACUCUAUUCUUCGUUAAUACAUUCUACAAAAAUGAGCCACAAAUCCCUGCUCAUGAAGAUCCAUUAUCUGUAGAUUUAAGAUCUUUAACUUAUGAUUCCUUAAUAGAGCUUAGAAAGUAUACUAAGAAGCGAUGCCAAGAAAUGGGUAUCAAGUAUGAAUAA